CUGUGAUUUACAUGAAGAAAACUGGGCGUUUAAACAUAGAGAUAAACAGUGUAAUGUCUUGACUCAAGUUUCAGGGGUUCGAUAUGGCUUCAAAUGUAAAAGACGAUGGGUCUAAGUGUCCAAUUUGUUUCGAGAUUUAUAAGGAGCCGAAAGCUCUCGUUUGCUUACACACAUUCUGUGAGACCUGUAUCCAUGAAUAUGUUCUUAAAAGCAAAGAAAAAGGCCUAUUGUGCAAUGGUAUAGAGUGCCCACUCUGUCGCUAUGUUACAACCGUAGAAGAAAAUACAUCACCUGAAACAUGGGCAAAAGGUUUGCGACCAAAUUUUGCUCUUGCAUCGCUUCUUGACAGCACAACAAGCAGCCAAGAGUCCACCAAGGAGGAAGAAAUGAAUUGUCAACCCUGUUUAAUGCAGAAUAUAACAAAGAUUGCGUCAGUGUUUUGUUCAGUUUGUAAUGAAAGAAUGUGUGAAAGUUGCAAAAAGGUCCAUGAUAGUUUGCAGUUAACGAAGAAUCAUGAAUCCGUUGACAUAGAUAGUAAAGAAAAUGUUGAAUUAUCAACAACACUACGGACAUAUCAGAAAUGUGAUAAUCAUGGUAAGAAAAUAAAGUUUUAUUGUAAAGAUGAUGACAAACUUUGUUGUAGCACUUGUGCUAUUGUUACCCAUAGAGCAUGUCAAGGUCUGGCUGAAAUAAGUGAAAUGGCAAUGAAUAGACAGGUCAAGCUGCAAGGGACUUUAUUAAGAAAACAAAUCGCCGAAAUGGAAAAUACCAUGAAAUUGUCUUCAAGUCAUUUCGUUAACGAAAAUAAGCAUUUAGCUACCCAAGCUGCAGAAUUAUUGACCGAGUGGAAUCAAGUUAAAGAAAAGGUGAACAAAAGGUUAGACGAAUUUGAGGAUGGGUUAAAAGAAGACUUAAAAGCUAUUCAGUCUACAGGAUCAUCCGAUAUCAUUGCAAAUGCAGUCAAAUGUAAUGAAAUGGCAGAGGAAAUGCGUCGUUUACUGCUUGUCCUCAAAAGUUGUAAGAAAACUGGAACUGAAGAACAACAAUGUGUUGUAAUGAAAAAGAUAUAUGAUGAAUUCAUGGUUCGACAAUCCGAAACGGAACAAAAGUUUGGUGAAAUGAAAAAACUGAAAUUAUCAUUAGAGCUUCCCGAAACAAUCAGUGAUUUGUUGAGUUUACCUUCAAAAAGUGUUACAGUAGCAACGGAAACUUGUACAACACACGUACCAAAAUGUUCUGCCAAAACUCUCUCUGUAUUAGCUGAAGCCGAUAUAGAAGAAGGUGAGGAUGACGACGCUGAACCAUUUUAUCGAGGACUAGGUUUUCUAAAUGAUGGUAGGAUAGUUGCUGUUGACUAUAGAAAUAACAAGUUAAUUCUUAUGGACAACAAAUUAAAUGAAAUAGCUGCAAAGCGUUUGCUAGAUAUCCCACUGAACCUGGCUGUAACCCACGAUGACUGUGUUAUAAUAACGACUGGAGUAGCAAAGAAAAUUUGUAUUUAUCAAGUAAAUGAAGAUAAUACUAUAAAUGAGAAGAAAAUAAUCCCUGUGAAGUACAGCUGCGAUUCUAUUUCAAUCACAAGUGACAACAAAUGUGUCGUUGGCACUUUCGGUUCUGAUGUUGAACCUGCUCAUUUGCUUACUUUUUAUGGAGAAUCUGAAGACAUGAUCUAUGACUUUGAAGGCAUGUUCUUUGAAAAAAGUAAUCGGUUUAAGAGUGUUUACAAUGCAAAUGACAGACAAUUGCUUAUUACAGACAAAUGGCAAAGUAAAGUGCAAAUAUACAAUCUCCAGAAAGAAACUAUUAUUUUUGAAGAUAGUAAUAUAAGGAACCCUAACGGAAUUGCACAUUACUUGAAUGACUUGUUCUUUGUUUGUUCAUCUGGCACAAAUUCAAUUGUUCAGUUGUCAUCUCAAGGUGAAAUAUUGACAAUCAAUGGUCUAGAUAAGGUUAUUAGUCCAUAUUCAGUAUGCAUUUCACCAAGUAAAGAUAGGAUGAUAGUUUCCAACAACCGAUUAGGCGAGAAAAAACUAAUUUUAUUUCAAAUUCACUAACAUGCUAGAAAAUGGUAAGUGAGUCGUUAGUAUGUAGAUAUUAGUAGUUAAUAUUUGGAAACAAACACGAUGCAAUUAUUUUAUCAUGCCCACGAAGGGUGGCAUAUUAGAUUCGAACCGUCCGUCUGUCUGUCUGUCUCUCAAUCUGUUAGUCCGUCCGUCCCGCUUUAUACAUAUAGACAAUGGUGGUUUUGUCCGCUCUGAAACUUCAGUAUGCAUGAAAGUAUUUUAAUUUUUCUUUCAUAUAUGACAUAACCAUAGAUAUAUGGUGUGUCGCGAACAAAACUCUGGUUUCUACCACUAAGGUGAAGGUCACUGUGGAGGUUCAAACUUUGUCAUUUUUAUGUUAUAUAAAUAAAGAUGGUGGUGGUCGUGUCCGCUCUGAAACUUCAGUAUGCAUGGAAGGAUUGUAACUUUUCUUUCACAUAUGAAAAAACCAUGGAUGUAUGGUGUGUCGCGAACAAAACUCUGGUUUCUACCACUAAGGUGAAGGUCACUGUGGAGGUUCAAACUUUGUCAUUUUUAUAUUAUAUAAAUAUAGAUUGUGGUGGUUGUGUCCGCUCUGAAACUUCAGUAUGCAUGAAAGGAUUUUUAUUUUUCUUUCAUAUAUGAAAAAAAAACAUAGAUGUAUGGUGUGUCGUGAACAAGACUCUGAUUUCUACGUCUUAGGUCAAUGUCACUGUUGGGGUUCAAACUUGGUCAAUUUUCGAUGUUAAUAUACAUAUAGACAAAGAUGGUCGUGUCUGCCUUGAAUAUGCAUUAAAGAAGUAUAUUUCUUAUUUCACUUAUGAAAUUAUUAUAAAUGUAUGAUGUGUUGUCCUAAGACUCGUGUUCCUACGCCUUAGUUCAAGGUCACUGCUGGGGUUUAAACGUUUUCAAUAUUUAUGUUAUAUACAUAUAAAUGGUAGUUUUUGUGUCCACUCUUUGACUUUCAUAUACAUAAAAGUUUCAAUUUUUAUUUAAAAAUAUAAAGUCACCCUAGAUGGACAAUGUGUUGUGAACAAGACGUCUAAUUUAAAGGUCACUGCUGGGGUUCGUAUUUUGUCAAUCUUAACAUGUUAUAGGUGGUUUAUAACUAAAAUCCUUCGGGGGCAUUUGUCACG